AAGCAAUUGAGAUUUUUAUCAUCAUUACUUUCAAGUAGGAUUUCUCCGACCCUUGUUCAAACACAAGAUCAAAUUUUGCUCACAGAAACUAUCAAGAAGAGACUUGCAAGAGAAAACAAAUCGGAUACAAUUUUUCAAUUCUCACAAUUAUAUCACAAACUCAAUUCAAAAACUGUAAUUCAAAACAAAUUCAAUCUAGUAUAUUUACUCAAUUCUCUAGGAAUUUUCAAUUUACAACAAGAUAAUUCUGUGUCAUCCUUAAAUAUGACAUUCCAAGACAAUUUAUUCAAACUCAACUCUACCACACCACAAAGGCAAGAAAAUCCAAGAAUGCUUCAAUCACAGGAAAUUAGGCCUAAAUCAUCAACAUUUGAACAAUACAGACAAUCGUACAGUGAGCAAGAAAAUACAAAAUUUGAAAUUGCCGAAUCUGUACUGGUAAGAGACAUCAUUUACACCUUUCAAGGAAUUGAUGGAAAGUACAUUAAAUUUGAUAUUGGAAGCGAACGAUAUAUUGUAGAUACAAAAAUUGGAAUACCAAAAUCUACUCGACUACUAAUGAGCAAGUUGUCAGAAUUAGGUUGGCUCUACAAAAAGGUAAAAAGUUUUGUGGAUUCUGGAACAUUGAAUAUCACCUCAAAUGGAUUGAUUGUGCAGAGUUUAUGUGCAGCCAUCGACAAGGAACUUGUGGAUUAUUACAAAACAAUAUCUACACUCGAAACACAUAUUGAAAGUCAAGAGAAUACCAAUACACCCGUGACUUUCAGAAGAUUGGCUGUAUGGGCUAUUGAACCAACAGAGAUUAUGAAAAAUUUGGCUGUAUUGGCAGAUUCUUGUAAAUUUAAAAAGGGGGGCAUAUUGAUCUCCACUAUUUUCACUUUCCUUAAACAUGGAGAUCCACUAGUUCAACAAUUAUUUGUUAGAAUUCUAGAUCAUACCUCUUCUCCAAUAUUUAGAAUGUUAAAAUCUUGGGUUAUUGAUGGAGAAUUAGAAGAUCCUUACGCAGAGUUCUUUAUCAAGUCAAACCCGAAUAUUGGCAUUGAUAAACUGUGGGCACUGAAAUAUAGUAUAGAUGUUGAUAUGGUCCCUCUCUAUAUUGACAAGCAAUUGGCAGAAAAAAUUUUGAGAACUGGUAAAACCAUUAACUUUAUCAGACAAUGUUGUAAAGAUGCUGAAUGGGCAAUGGAUUCAUCAACCAAGUCAUCUACAGAUGGACUGGGAUUCCACAAUAUUUCCAAGUUGGAAAAUGUUGUUGAUUGUGUAGCAAAAGUUGCCAACAAGAGAGUAAUCGACUUAAUGCUUGAUCAAUUCAAGUUUUUACUUCAUUGUCAUGCCAUCAAACAAUAUCUUUUACUUGGCCAGGGUGAUUUUAUUCAACAUUUAAUUGAAUUGCUAAACAAUGAUUUGAAAAAGCCUUCCAAUGCAAUUUUCAAACAUGACCUUCUUGGUCUGCUAGAGAGUGCAAUCAGAGGUUCAAAUGCCCAAUUCGAUGAGCAAGAUGUUCUAAAUAGAUUGGAUGUUGCACUAAAGGUUGAAGGUAAAUCAAAUUCUAAUACAAAUUCUAGCGAUGUAAAUGGAUGGGAUGUUUUCUAUCUGGAUUAUAAGAUUACAGUUCCAUUGGAUACAAUACUAGCAAAGCCUAUUAUGAAGGUUUACCACAAGAUAUUUAAAUUCUUGUGGAAUAUUAAGCGAGUAGAACUAUCACUCAAUGAAAAUUGGAAAAAGGUUGUCCAACUCAUUCGUUCCAUUCCCAGAAAGAAGACUACUGUUCUUUCUCAAUUAUCAAAUGCCUUGAACUUUUCAAUUCUAUUGAGACAUGAUAUGAGUAGAUUUUUGAAGAGUUUACAAUUCUAUUUAAUGUUUGAAGUAAUGGAGUGUGCUUGGGAUAAAUUCAUUCAUGAUGUCAAAUACUUGAGAGAUAAUGAUGGGGACUUGGAUCAAUUAAAUGCUGCCCAUUACGCUUUCCUUACUGGCAUUGCUGAAAAGGCCUUCCUU